AUGCCACUGAUGGUGCCAGUCGCGGAACUAUUCGUCUUAAUCGGCGUAGCAGCGCUGGUGACUUUGACGCAAUCCGCCGCGGUCGUCGGCAACGACAAACAACAACUCCUGGUAGACGCUGAUGAGCUGUCCGAAGCCGCGUACGGGCGCUGCGAUGACGGCCGAGUGAUCAAUUGCCGCACGCUGCCACUGUUCAACUACACUGAUUUGACGCCACCGCCUGUUGGACCCGAAGCCGCCUCUGACAUACUACAAGAUGUCAAUUGCCCGUACAAAAACUUGGAACGACAUUUUCGGUGCGUGGACGCGUUUACCCGCCGGUGCAUGACGCCUGAUCAGCGGGGAGCCUUUUAUUCGCUGUACACCGUUCCGACGAUGGACAUGCAAGAGCUGUGCACCGAGGGUAGCCCUUAUAGGGAGGAAUACUUGAAACACGCCUCUUGCUUGCGCACUGUACAUACCGAGUAUGUGCAGUGUGGACGUCGACACCAGACUGAGUUGGCUUCCCUAAUGGUGGACCAGGAGCAGCAUACCGGAAGUGAUGGAACUGAGGCUUCGACCGCGUUGCCAAUCACGGACGCUGAACAUAUAACACAGAACCUGGCCCGCCUGUGUGGAUCAUUUAGAGGACAUUUACAGUGUGUGCACGGCAUUGUCCGGGCCACUUGCGGCCAGCAGACCGAAGAGUUCGCCAGUCAAUUCCUUAGUCAAAUGGCAUCUUCGCUUUUGAACAUCUGUGACAAGUACGGGAACGUGGCUCGUUCUCCUUCCUCCAGUGCCGCCCGGAUGACCGGAACCACGACCACGGGGUUGGUCGUUUUACAAACAGCGAUCGUUAUGGUAGUUUCGUUCCGGCAAUGGUGA